ACCUGCAGCAGCUGAGAGCUCAAGAUUUGCGCACACAAGUGAAUAGUCGAGAUGAAUAAUAGUAAUAGUAAACAAAACGCGUUUUGCCAUUCGCAGCAGGCUUAGGGAGCUGCAUUGAGAAAAAAAAGAUCAACAAAAACAUAUAUAUAAUCAAAUAUAUAAUGAUCAAGAGACAUUCUUAAGCAAAUUGACGGCAAAGCAAACGCACAAAUAUGCGCGAGCCCAAUAUAUAUGUGAUUUUAUCGCAUGCGCUAAUUGGCUCCGGCUUCUUUUUCUUGUAUAUGCAUCAUGUGCGCGUUAUAUUUGAGACGCGCACCAAUAUACGGCAUCUCAAUCAGCUGGAGCGCGAGUCCAUGUUACGACGCGAGGAUGCGCUCUACUACACAUUCUACAAGAAGCUGGCCGACAGCCCAGACUUUUGGCAGGGCUAUGAGCAAUUAAAAAAUGUCACAGACAUUGAAUAUCCGCAUAGCGUUAAUGUGCUGCAACGCUUCUACGUGUUGCCAGAGCUAAUGACGGCCUAUUUUUUCCACAUUGUGCGCGCGUUCAAUCCGGGCGUGCAGCCAAUGCUGUUCUAUUUUGAGUUUGUUUGGCUCAUGGGCGGUGUAACAUUGCUGGUGCUCUAUCUCUAUGGGACGCUGCUGAGCGAGAACGUAUUCGGUGGCAUUUACGGCGUGAUCUCAUAUCUAAUGUUCCACAGCUUUGCAGCCAAGAUCUAUGAGCGCCCGAUGGCGCGUGAAAACUUUGCAUUUCCUUUUAUAUUCCUACAAAUGUUUUAUUUAUGCAUUUGCAUUGGACGCCUGCUGCAUCGACAAAAGCACAGCUCGCGUCUCUUUAUGAUUUUUGCCAUGUCACUGUUUACAACCUGCGCUCUCCUCUCCUGGCAAUUCUCGCCUUUUCUAUUUGUCACUCAACUAGUCAUAAUGGUGACGCUGUGGAGCAUCAGCUCCAUGCCCGCGGGUCUUACCAAUUCCUUUGCCAUGGACUACUCUAUCUCCCAUUUGCUGGGCAGCUUCAUGGCUUUUGCGCUGUCGCAUGGCAACAAUCUAUUUCUUUUCAAUGGCCAACUAAGCAUCUCACUUAGCCUAUUCCUGAUAACUAUUGUGCGACGGGUGCGCAGUCGACGCUGCUCCAAUGAGCUGCUGCCGGGCAAUUACUUCUCCUUGAAGUUCAUAUUGCUGGCACUGCUGUUUGUGGGCAGCAUGCAGGGCAAGCUGCUUGAUGUAAUGAACAAGGCGGGACUGCUAAAUGAACACAGCGCAACAGACAUGCACUACAUGGAGCUAAUGGGUCACUGGGUGCUGCAGGCCAAGCUCAACUUUGUCACCAAUCUAUCCGCUUGCAAUCCGCUUUAUGAACGCGUUGAGUGGCCGGAGCUCUGGCAGCUGGUGAAGACGCUAAUUGUGAAGCCCUAUUGCAUGUAUGGCGUGGUCAUGCUGGCCAUGUUCUUUCGCAAAUGGCGCAAAAGCAAUGCGUCCUCGGCCCCCAGCGCUGAGCAAGUGGUGCGCGCACGCAACUAUGUGCUUGAAGAUUUUCUCGAGGAGCAUCAUGUGUCCAUGGGCGACUUUACCAACAAGCAGACCGAACAGCAGCUGCAACAAUGCUUCGCCAUGCUCGAGAGCUGUGAUCACGAUUACGAGCGCUACAAGCGUGAGAAGGUCAAAAUGCAGCAGGAGCCGCCACUAGAGCGCGAGGACUUUAUGCAGGACAUUAAGCGCUUGAAGGCGCAGAUACAUCGCAACAGCGACAAGCAGCGCAAGGAGCGCGAGCAGGCGACCGAUCCACAUGCCAAAGAUGCAACAGCAGAAACUGCUCAGCCAAAGACAAAGUCAAAGACAGCCGAGUCGAAGGCUGAAGCAGAUGCUAAAGCCGAUGAUGAAGCACAAGCAGAGGCAGAUGCAGAUGCAGAUGAUGAGGCGCUGCCGUCCAAAGAGCGUCACAACAACAAGGAUAAGGAAAAGGAGACAGCCAAUGGCGGCAAGCGUCGCAGCACAAAGCGUCGCGACUCUGUGGUGCCGACGGCCAAUCCACAGAUUCUAAAUCUCCACUACAUGUACAGCUUCAUGCAGAUGCUGAUCUUCACCUUGUUUGGCCUCUCUGUGCGGAAGCUUUUCUUUCUAAGCUUCACACAGGGCUGUGUCAUAGCGCCGACAAUCUGCUCCAAGGUCUGGUACCAUCGGCAGCGCAAUAUAUUCUGGUCUGUGUCGCUGGCCGUUUUUCUGCUCAGCAUGUUCGAUCCGGGCUUGGUGAACAUACGUGAGGAGUACUUUCCCAGCCGUCGUAUGCAGACAUCUGAUGAUCUUGAGGGUAUGCUUGAGUGGAUUAAAUUGAAUACGGAGCGUGAUGCAGUGUUCGCUGGCCCUGUUGAGAUCAUUGGCACUGUGCACUUGACCACCAAACGUCCGAUAGUCAAUCAUGCGCAUCUUGAAAUGCGUCAAAUGUCCGAGCGCACGGAGCACGUUUACUCUGUGUACAGUCGGCAACAGUCUUCGGAUAUUUACAAUCAAUGCGCACAGCUGCGAAUCCAAUACUUGAUCAUAUCGCUAGACGAAUGCACCAAUGAAGUGCGCGAUGACUGUGACAUUUUGUCCAUUUGGGAUGAUAAGCAGCCGGCGUAUCGCAAGUAUCCACAAUUCUGUCACGAGCUGCUGCAGAAGAAUGUGCCAAGCUUUCUGAAGGUCUAUGCCAAUGAGAAAUAUGGCGUAAUUAAAAUGUUCUCCCAGAGUGUGCAAAUCAAUCUGAAGCACAACAUUAUGCCCGAGAUGUCCAUGUGAGACAGGAUGCCGGCCCAGGCGGAAAGCCCUCCCAAGGGCUGAAGUGGCAGGGCCAGCAGCAAACUCCUCCAAACAACUCUCACAUCCCCACACUCCGACAAUGCGUCUCGCAUAUUGAGAACAAAAAUAUUAUAAUUAUUAACUAAUCUACAAUAUGUAUUAGUGUUUAGCUUGCGGGCGACGACGAGCGAGCGAGCGAGCGCGUCUCGUGUCUGCCACAAGUGAAAUGAAAAUAUUGUUGAAACCAAAAAGCAAACAGCAAAAAUCGCAACUACAAAACUAAGCAUAAACUAAUGCGCUUUACUUACGUUUAGUUAAGCAUACAGUAGUACUUCCAUGUUGCAAACACACUUUUGGUUACAAAAUGUAAUGCAUUCCCCGCAAACCCAAACCCAAACCCAACCCCAUCCCACUUCCCAUUUAGCAAUCAGCAACCAAACAGCUCAGACAGUUGUGUAUGGCAUGGCUAACUUUUAAAACCGACAAAAUACUUUUUGCAUACUUUUACUAUGUGUUAAGUUUAAGCUAAUCUAACUAACUAAGCUCGUUGCAUACCAUAUUCAGUACUGUAUUCGAUAUGUGUAUGCACUAUGCGCUCUGACUAAGCCGCGUCCGUUGGGCCUAGCCAACCGAUGUUAACUAAUCAGCUAUAUUUGUAUAUGUAUAUGUAUGUAAUAGUAGUGUAUAUCUAUUUCGAUUUAAAAUACAACAGGAAAUAAUUACAAGUCUAUUACAAAUAUAA